AUGAUUGGAGACAUUGUUGACUCUCAGCGUUCACCCAUUUCGCAACCACAACAGCAGCAACGAGCUUUCAGAGAGUCUUGCCAGAAUUGCGCAGACUCAAAGGUUCGAUGCAGUAAGAACAAGCCGACAUGCGCGCGUUGUGCUCGCCGAGGCACGCCUUGUGUCUACCAACAAUCCAGGCGUGCUGGAAGAAAGCUUACAUAUGUCGGACAAGCCAAACAAGCGCGCCGAGCUGCCACGAAUACCCUAAACGAUGUAUCAAGCUCAUACACUUGGGAAGUCGACACUGGAAACAAUGACUUGCAGUUAUCUCCUCCCAGAUCCGACACCACACCAAACACCACCGUCAGUCAAAUGGGCCCCAAUGAUAGUCAAGCAGUUUCGGAAAACUUCUCCCCCCUGGAAUCCUUUCCCAAUAUUUCUGGGUCGACAGAAUGGUGUUCCAACGAGAUCUUUAAAGCUCUCUGUAUCCAAUCGGUUCCGCUCAUGCGCAGAGACGAUGCCGAGUUUGCCCUGCACAUAUCGCAGGACUUGACAACCCUGAACGAUGAAUUUCUCAAUUUGGAUGAUUCAGGUAGGGGUCCAGUUCCUCUCGACCUAGGCUCUGAGUUUCUUGGAUUGCCAUUGACAUGGCCAGGCACUGCAGGAGAUACCCACCCGACUGGCUACGAGGCCGAAGAUACAUCCUCAUCUAGGCCGGCAUGCAACAAAAGCUGUACUGAAGUUAUCUCCCGGCUAUUCCCAGAACUUUUCUGUUCCUUUGACAGCAGAUGCGAGCGCAGCCAGCCGCAAGGCGAAUCAUUGGUCAAUAUCAUUGCCAGCAAUGAGAGUAUGUCGGAAGCCAUGAAUAGCAUUCUCGAGUGCGAGUGUAGCCAAGAUAUCCACGUGCUAUUCGUUGUUGGACUAUGCACCUCGAAAGUCAUGUCUUUCUAUCUCAAAGCAAUGCGACGUGAGUGUCUCAAGGAUGCACAGCGAGCCGGCGACUCAUAUGCCACGAACGACCAUCAGCGAAGCGCACUAGACGUAGAAGGCGGUGAUUCCAAAGCCGAGAUAAUGGCAGCUCACAUGGUCCUCGGCGGACUCCAUCGCAUACAGCAACUUCUGGCUCGUCUAUCUGAUCGUCUCAAGCAGACAGAGCCGGAAGGUGAUCUUGCCAACGACUAUGCUGGGCCAGGAGGACUUACAGGAAAUGAGUUGCGGAAUCCAUUUCCUGCCUCAAUGCUUCAACAACUUGAGCACAGCUUGCGAGCUCAUCUUCGCUAUGUUUUUGCAUGUCGAGUGCAGAAGGUGAUGCACGGAAGAGAUAUUUCUUUACACAUUUAA